AAACGGGGGAAGUCCGUCCGGUGGACCAGCAGAGGGACUGAGAGGGGCUGAGUGAAGAGCAGGAGGCAGGAAGAGGAGCACCUUCAGAUAAUCCCGUUGCGUUUUACUCUGGAGCGUGGACACUUUGAUCUGGAAAAAGGUGAAGGCUCGAAGGCACGUAUAACAAUCGGUGGUGGUGAGACUUUGUCACCGUGGACACAGGGUGGAAAUGAGGAUUAAAAGCGAGGCAGAUCGGCACGGUUGGGAACAGAAGAGAGACCGAGUGUGAUCAGCUGAGCGCACAGGUUUUCUCUUGUGAUCCGUGACAGAGCGAGGACAGUGACACUGACUCAGCCUUUGUCUCCUCAAUGUUUCCGGACAGAGUGAGGCGCCCUGGGUGCCUCUGCUGUCUAUUGUGACUGCAGAGAAGAAAGAAAGAUCCAGCCUGUCUGCAUAAAGACCUAUUCAGCAUCAUUUCUCUUUGCCAGCAACACCGUACACCCCGAGAACAGCAGUGAAGUCUCAGCACUAUCCUCACCCCGAAGCCUACUGCUUCAUCCACAGCUCCCUCUUUUCUAACCCCUUAUCCCUAUCCCACUCUCCCAGCCCCUUUCGCUCCUCCCAAACUCAGCCUCAACCUUAGCUCUGUGCCCCAUUCAGAGUCCCAGAUGACAGCUCGGAAACAUCCGUUACCCUCCUACUCUACACGAGCCUUCUCUCCUCUCCCUCCAGCCCCUGUGGCGCUUGGCACCGAUGCCCAUCACAUAGACAGAUGGAGCCAACCCUGACCCCUCUCCUCACCCGUGGGGACGCCAACGGAAUCAACGCCUGACUAGAGGAGAGGGGGGUGAGUGAGAGUGCGUGUGUUGGGACAGGAAGGAGAGUAUUGCUUUGUCACCACAGCAACACAUCGCUCUGUCUCCUGCGGACUCCCCUUCAGGCCAACCCAACGCCCUCGGCUGAAAACGCAAGACAGCAGGAAAUUCACAGCAGGACCAGACGGACCUCUGUUUUCCCCCUAAACUCAAACUGACCGUAUUUUUACUUUGAUUAUUUGGUGAAUGCCACCACGCCGCAAAACCAAGCUAAAAAACAGGAAGGAAUUCAAUGGAUUUGGGGUUGUUUGUUUUGGGUGUUGAUGCUGCAGCAAGGAUUUGGAUCCAUCUCUGUAUCCAGUAAUACAGAUCCUAUUCACACAGAGCCAAGAAAACUGACCUGACACUGUGGAACCUUCAGUCCAGGUCCAAUAAAACUACAAUAUAUUAAACUUGGUUCAUUUUCUAGGCACAUUUGGUGAAGUGAAUAAAUAAACUCCGUAUUUUGGCCACCAACAGCCAAUUUGAGUUUCACAGGAAAUGGAACUCUGCUGAUCUUUACACCCCUGUUGUGGCUGUUAUUUGAUGAAGUAAGGCGUGAAAGGAUUAUCAGUUGGAUUCUGUCUCCUGUGGUGGGGCUUCCUUACUCAAUAGAGUGGAAGUGGCAUCGGGAUGCCUGAACUGGACAACUUUCCCCCCUUGAGGGGUCCCAGAGACCCUGAGUUGGGUCUAAAUGGUCCUGCAGACCCACUUCGGAUCCAGCACAACAUCCUGGAGGAGCAGGUGGAGCUGUGGUGGUUCAGAGACCCUGGGAAGUCUCUGCUCUGCUACUGUGUGGCUGUUCUUCUAAUCCUGGGCUGUGGGCUGGGUGGAGUCGGCCUUCUCUCCACCACCACUAGUGUCUCAAGUGAAUGGCGGCUGGGGGCAGGCACGGCCCUCUGCCUGCUCGCUCUGGGAGUCCUCCUCAAACAACUGCUGAGCUCGGCUGUGCAGGACAUGAAUUGCAUACGAAGCAGGCAGCGGAUCGACAUGCUUAAGAGCGGCGGUUUAUCGGACCUCCUUGUGGUUUUGAUUACUGGCCUAUCAUUGUUGAUCUGUGGAGGGGUUUUACUACAUCUGGCCCUGGCUAACCACAUGCCCAAACCAGGCCAGGCCCUUAAUGACAUGUACAUCUCUGGAGUGGUGUUGCUAGCAGGAGGGGGGGCUGCCGUUGUGGGUGUUGGAAUAUACUCUGUUGUGGUGAUCCUGCUUGAAAGGACAAGGCACGGACGAAGGUUGGUGGACCGGGUUUUAAAUGUCUUCACUGUUUCUGGACACAUGGACCAUCAGGCUCGCAGAGAGACUACCUCCAGUCUGGCAAAUCUCAUAUGAGAUCUAAAACGACUAUUAUUUCUCCUCGUCUUCAUGACAGAACAUUAAGCCUCAUCUAAAUUACAGCAGGCUAUAUUCACAAUUAUAAUACAACAUCCGAUUGAAACCAGAUUGAUCACAUUCAUGCUUCAGCUUUUCCACUGGUGAUUUAGACUAUAAAGGAGGGAAAAUGAGCUGAGUUUUUGUAAUAUCUGCUUGGUAAAGUUGGCGGCAAUAAGCAAUCGAAUCUCACUCACAAAACAAAGUUAGCAGAAUUGAUCACUGAGAAUUUACUACACAAUAUGUUCACAAUGCAGUUGAAAAUGUCCAAAUUCAGAUUGUUUUCUUGACACGUGGAAAGAUACAAGAUUGGGAAAUGUGGUAUUUGAGAGCUUAAAUCAGCAUUUUAUUUUCUGUUCUGUGAAUCCUACUCCACUCACACAGAACAUAUGCCAAAAUUAUGGUGCCCGGGGUACUUUGGCAGAGGCAGCAUUAGUAUGCAGGACGCCAACAAACCAGCAUGAAAGUAGUAAAAAAAAAUGUUGAUUUAAGUGGUAUUCAGGGAGAUUCAGUGAAAUAAAAAGCACAUUGAAUAAGUGUUGGUUCACAAACAGAAGGGAAACUUUUGAUGGCUUUGUUUCUAGAUAUAUACAGCUGUCUAAAACUGUACACAGAGGCCUGUAAUGUGAAGAAAGCCUACAGUGAAAUGGGUAAUUUGAUUUAUAAAACUCUUCUCUAUAUAUUAUAUCAAACAAAAAUAUGUGAAAAGCUUAAGUCUUAAGACAUAUAGAGACAUAAACCUCUUUAAUACACACUGCAGUGGUCACAAGGGUCAUCUACUGAUUGGACUGCAGCACAAUGGAGAUAAUUUAUCGGUUUUAAACAUGUAUUCUAUGAAAGAGUCCCUGAACUAAACAUCCGGUCACUAUAGAAGCCCUAAGGGGACAUUCACAUGCAUCCACAUAUUUCACUUUGUUUACUGUGACUGUGAGCCAAUGUCAGUUUAUUCUCACGACCUCAACCUAUCAUCAGAUAAUCAUAACUCAUAUCCCCAGAGUUGCAAAAGCACAGCAAAUAUAGACACAGACUUAAUUUACCUCAUUAGUGUAGGCAAUGGCAGCAUGGCAUUUUGUGGUCUGGCCUGUCACAGUAAUGCUUCAUUUUCUAGAUCCCAAGAUAAUUAGCCUGUUAUCAACAGAAGCCUUGUUAUCUUUGGAUACUGAAAAAAAUGAAGCUUUUAUAAUUGAAGAACCAGUGCUGUUAUCUAGAGCUAAUGAGAAAAAACAGGCGAGAUGUUGAGGUAACAUCUGUAAAUUUGUUAUCACUGGUAAACCAGCUGUGUUAUCUCAAUAUAACAAAGUAAAAAUAAAAAACAGAGGAGACUGACUUAUUAAAGGGGCAUUGUUUUCCCUAGAUAAGGAGAUGAAAAAGUUGCGAUCUCAAGAAAACAGCAGAAAAUUUCUCAUUAUCUCUGCAAAGUGAAGUGAAUGAAAUGUUUGGAUGCAUGUCUCCUUAAUACUUCCAUAGCUCACAACCUGCCUAGUUAUUGUAACAUUACAUCUUAUAACUGUAUUCAGAAUGGACAACAUCACUUCAUUUCUACCCGUGUGAGAUAUGAAGCCAAAAGACCACCUCCCUGGGUGCUGGGACGCUUCUCUUCUCUGCUAAUCCAGCACAGAACGCUGCAGGAGCCUGCUUUAUCAACAGAACAGUCUAUCAUGGCAUUGCUUGACCUCUUUUUAAAAUGUAAUAACUGAUUAAAAUUAAUAUUAUCAGGAAAAUUAAAGUUGAGACAUAAAAUCAGCAUAAGAACUAACUAUAAUGACAGAAACCUUGUUUGAGGAAAAAGUAUUUGAUGUGUAUUUUAUUUAAGAUGUGACCCUUUUUAAAUCCGUUACAAUGGAGGUAGCAGAGUUUAUGACCUAUACUGCAGCCAGUCAGCAGGGGCAGCUCUAAAUCUUUUGGCUUCACAGUCAUUGAACCAUGGUGUCCGUUUUAAAAUACAGUCUAUUGAUGAUAUUGAUAAGAGCAUCAAUCGAAAGGCUUAAAUGACAAUAGAAGACAGAGUGAGUAACAAAAGAGAAAAGCUCGAUGUGAGGAAAGCAUUUUAAAAAAUUUUGAACAAUUCUUUGACUGAAGGCAGACUGCAACAAAUGGAAUAACUCUUAUGUGAAUGUACUUCUUAAUUUAGCGUUAUAAUGAUUUAACAUGAUUCAUGUGGUUGAACCCGGGUACUUGUGACAGACCUUCACAUUCACUGUAACAUUGUUGUCUGUACACUUGAUACAAGACAACUUGAUUGUUUGAUAUCACAGCACUUUAGAAUGUAUAAAUACUUUAUGAUUUUGAACAUAGUACUGUACAGUACUGAUUCAUUUAUUUAUCAUAACCUGCUUUAAUCUGUAUUUUUGAUAUUAACACUGAAUCAAAUGACUCCAUGUAAAGUAUGAUCAUUCAUUAUGCUCAAUCAUGGAUUACUGGUGUCUGCUUUAUUGAUUUUUUAUCCUCUUGUUUCAUUGUGUUUACUGUAUGUUAGAGUCAUUGUUCUCAUCAAUACCUGAUGACAAUGUGUAAAGCCAUAUAGCUCUGAAGAACCUCUGUACACCACCAGACUGUCAAAGCUUCAGAGUGGCUGACAAACCAACUAGCUAGCAUCUUGCUAGCUGUACAACUGUAUCCAAAUACUUUCCUCACAAGUUGUUUGGUUCCAAAUCAGAGCCAAAAAGAAGACAGAUAGUGACUGUUCUUAAAUACUUGGGAACCAAGCUCUUUAUAAAUGUGUGCAUAUUGAAUGUUCAAGGCGAUGACAGAGGUAUACAGAGAGACUUUUAUGCAGUCUUAUUUGCCUUUUGAGAGUUAUUUGGUCAAACCAGAACUUGGCUAGCUCUUGAGAAAUAUAACACAAAUGAGCCAGUCGGCUAAAUAAAUGCUCAUGUCAGUUGGAUGCAUAACUGGGCAAUGGCAAAGAUCCAAGAAGACUGUUUGAUGACAUCUACUUUGCUACUCAGAGCAUGAACAUGUCAUUGUCAACUUUUGUUGUCUUAAAAGUAACAGACAGUCAACAAUUACAAAUAAAUGUUUAUUUAAAAGAUUGA